CGCAGACGGAGGGGAAGGGCGCUUGCCUCUAAACCACCGGACCGUCGACUCGCGGAUCUUAGAUCGCCGGAGCGUUUUGCGAUACAUGCGCAAUACGACGACGGCUUUGUCACACAAGGCCUCGCUUAACGAUGAAGUGCAUGUUGCUUGCUGGCAAUGACUGGUUCCUGCAUCGCGCGUUCGCGAUGUCCUUGGGCAUCGUGAUGGUUUGAAGGAGAGUCUCUAGUGUCUGCACAAGGCACGAUUAAAGCACCGGCUGGUUCUAAUCACCGGCAUUGACGCUCCACCGAGAGACACAUCGAUCGAGCUCGCGUCGCCCCCUGCUUGUUGUGCUUACGUCGAGCUCUCCAUGGCAAUCAAAGCGGCAUGAAACGCCUUUACCUACUGUAUCCAGCGAGGUGCGAUUGGCACUGGAGCAAGUGUGGCUCGCGGUGGCCCAAUGACGCCGUAUUCACUCUAUUCAAAUAGAGUCUAUUGUGUGCGUCUAAAGAGCAGGUUUCGCUCGAAAGUUUCACGCGUAAGGACUCGUCCUGCACCAAAAAACGCGAAGGUUUUCCAUGAAAGAUCAACUAGCGCCGACGUGGGGCUUUCACCAGUCCAGACGGCGCUGCCGUCGGAGCAGAUGUCCAAAAGCUCUCCCAUGUCCAAACUUCCCCACGAAUUCCAUGAAACUUCACUUUGGGUGGAUCAAAUGGUCAUCUGUGCGAUGGCGCGAGUCGCACUUGGCGAGACGCGGCCCUGGUAUAGUUAUCAGCGAGGACAGUCCCAUGAAUAUAUCUCCAAAUCAUGCAAGUUUUGCGUUUUUCGCGGCAUGCGAGGCUGCAAUGUGGCAGAAUCUAAAAGAGGGAUCGGACAGGAGCCAUCUCGACUUCGGGGUGGCUAUUUUCGCGUUGGAAGUCCGCUCCUUGGGGGCGGACGAUGAGCUGCCGUGGAGCUUUGAUGUUGAUGCAUGUGGGUUUUCAUGAUGCCACCUUUGGCAGCCUUCAAUAC